CUCUCUCUCUCUCUCUCCCUCCCUCCCUCUCUCUCGCUGGCCCGCUCGCCGCCCUCUUCCUUCUCCUCUUGCUAUAAGCGAACCCUUUCGGUGAGCGUUUGGCGUCGGGUUCGAUUCGUUCGUGCUCCAAGAGUUGCGAAUUAGCACGCGCGGUGAUCCGUCUCGGCCUUGGGGCCCCAUGAACGGAAGAGUUUGGUCUCGAUUUGGAGCGUAGCGGGGCCGGAUCGCUGUGUGACGGGGAUGCAGGAGUCCGAGAGCAGGACGAAGAGGACGAGGGUGAGGGCGCUGCGGGGAUCCUCCCGCUCUCUAUCGUCGUGGCGGCCCGCGUCCUCGUCGCUUGCGUUGCGUUGAGAGAUCGUCGGUGGGUAGCGCGGGACUUGGGGUUUUGUGUUCCGGAACAGGAGCAGGUGGGGCAAAUGCGGAUGAUUACAACGGAUGUUCGUUGUUUUUGAUCUCCAUCUUGUGCGGAAUUCUGCGGUGACAGGGUGAGAGAAUAGUAAAGGAAGGAAACGAGAAAAAAAUAAAGAAGAAGGAUUGUUUCGUUCUGCGAAUCGAGCGACGACGACUCGCAAAAAUGCAGCAAGAUCAGCGAAAGAAGAAUUCACCAGAACUGGAUUUUUUCAGUGAGUAUGGGGAUGCCAAUAGAUACAAAAUUCAGGAGGUUAUUGGCAAAGGUAGCUAUGGAGUGGUCUGCUCAGCAAUUGAUACACAUACUGGACAGAAGGUGGCUAUCAAGAGGAUACAUGAUAUUUUUGGACACAUAUCCGAUGCAGUUCGAAUUCUUCGUGAGAUCAAACUUCUCCGUCUUUUAAGACAUCCUGAUAUAGUGGAGAUCAAACACAUCAUUUUACCUCUGUCGAGGAGGGAUUUCAAUGACAUAUAUGUUGUUUUUGAGCUCAUGGAGUCAGAUCUUCACCAAGUCAUCAAGGCAAAUGAUGAUUUAACAAGAGAACACUAUCGAUUUUUUCUUUAUCAGCUGCUCCGUGCACUUAAAUAUAUCCACACAGCCAAUGUCUAUCAUCGUGAUUUAAAGCCAAAGAAUAUACUAGCAAAUGCAAACUGCAAACUGAAAAUUUGUGAUUUUGGACUAGCAAGAGUUGCAUUCGGUGAUACCCCCACAACAAUAUUUUGGACGGAUUAUGUUGCAACCAGAUGGUAUAGGGCUCCUGAGUUAUGUGGAUCAUUCUUUUCCAAGUAUACUGCUGCUAUCGAUAUUUGGAGCAUUGGCUGCAUUUUUGCUGAGGUAUUGACAAGCAAGCCUCUUUUCCCUGGAAAAAAUGUGGUUCAUCAGUUAGAUUUGAUGACUGAUCUUCUGGGAACACCUUCCUUGGAUACAAUUUCUCGGGUUCGGAAUGAGAAGGCAAGGAGAUACCUGAGCUGCAUGAGGAAAAAACAGUCUGUACCACUUGCACAGAAAUUCCCAAAUGCAGAUCCUUUGGCAUUGAAACUUUUGGAGAGGCUUUUGUCAUUUGACCCUAGCAAGCGGCCAACUGCUGAAGAAGCAUUAGCUGAUCCAUAUUUCAAAGGUCUUGCGAAAAUAGAGAGAGAACCAUCUUGCCAAUCAAUCACGAAAAUGGAAUUUGAGUUUGAGUGUCGAAGAUUGACCAAAGAAGACGUACAAGAGCUAAUCUUCCUUGAGAUAUUAGAAUAUCAUCCUCAGCUGCUUAAAGACAAAGUUAAUGGAACUGAAAAGACAAAUUUUCUAUAUCCUAGUGCUGUAGAUCAGUUUAGAAAGCAAUUUGCAUACCUCGAGGAGAAUGGUGGUAAAAGUGGAUUUGGCAUUCCGUUAGAUAGGAAGCAUGUUUCUCUCCCUAGGUCUACAGUGGUCCACUCUACUACCAUCCCUUCAUUGGAACAACCAAAUAUGGGCUCUUCAAGGGAUGGGCCAGCACACAAGAACUCUCGAGAUAUUGGAAGGUCAUCUGGAAGAAUAGCAAGGGCUUCACAGGCACCUCAAAGGAUCCCAACUGCUAGGCCAGGAAAAGUUGUUGGUCCAAUAAUGCCAAAGGAAAGUGGGAGUAUGAAGGAUGCCUAUGACCGUAGGCGUUUCACUAGGAACCCUGUUCUUCCAGUGGAACCAGCCAUUCCUCCAUAUUGUUUUCAUAGUACCACUGGCAGGUCAGAGAACUCACACAGAGACCCAAUAGAUGCUGAACGUGAACGGGGACCCAUACAUCAUAGACCGUCCCAACCAGGCAUGACUAGUAAGUUGACUCCAGAUAUAGCUCUUGACACAAGAGCUGCCCCCUUUUAUCUUGCAGGACCCAAGGCUGAUUCAGCUGAGAGAAAUACCAUGGAGGCAAACGUGUUACAGGCAAAAUCCCCAUUUAAUGGGAUUGUCACAGCAGCUGGUGGUGGUGGUGGUCAUAGAAAGGUUGGUACUCUUCAGUUUGGCAUGGCUAGGAUGUAUUAAGCACCGCGAGCUGAUCAAUAAGCCAUCUUGAUGAGCAAUACUCGCACUCAAACAUUCAAUUCAAGGCUUUCCAAUAGGAAGACUGGAGAGCAUACAAGGGAAAGAAGAAAAUUACAGAGAGGGAAAGAAUGUGAUAUAAGCGACAGCUUCCUACUUGCAAUGCACAUUGCUACAGUGCAGGAAAUGUCUAUGGAUGGAACUAUACAUGAUGGAGGGGCCCAGUAAUGUAAAGUGGCUUACAUUGGCAGGACUAAGGCAAGUUCUUUGAGUUCACCUCUGUAUGAAUAGCUGGAAUAAGCAAUCCACCAGGAACUUCAUAUCGGAUGGCUUUUUUGUGCUUCUCUUUAUGUUCGUUAUUUUUCUGUGGACGGUUUGCACAUAUGUUGUUUAUGUUUUGACGUGUGUUUCUUUUAGGGAACAUAGCUCAUGAGAAGUUUCCUGAAUACCAUUUUCGUGCAUUUUGUGGAAAAAAACUCUUUUAGAUA